GCACAGAUCGUAGAGACAAAAUCAAAAAGACUCUGAAUCGAAGCACGUGUGCGCCAUAACCAACAACACGUGGUGUCCAGACUCUGUUACACCAGUCUCGCAUUGGUCAUUCCCCUCACCUGGCAACUCUCGAGUGACCAAACUGGCCUUUAUUUCAAAGUGCCAGCGCGAAGGCCUUCUUCGUUAUCUCCACUGACUUCUAAACAGGGUGAUUGUAUCCCAUUGUGAACAUGUUGCCCUUCAACCCUGGAUGGUCGUCAUUUGUGAUCCUGGUGACAGAAUUACUUUCUGUACAUCUGUUGAGGGCAACUGCCCAGCAGACGACAGCUGUCUGUUUGUCACAAUACGAGUGGAUGGGCAAUAGCAAGGGUCAGAAUCCCUGUCUUAUUGCUGCCUACGUGCAAAGUGUCUGCUCUGGUGGUCAAUAUACUGUCUAUUUGCUGAAUCCUAACACUUACUACGCUGCCCCCUCUGUCGAUGAGGCAAAUCCUUGCGAAUGCAACACCGUGACAUACUCCCUUAUGAGUGCUUGCUCUAUAUGUCAAAAUCGUACCUACAUCACCUGGAGUUCCUGGUCUGACAAUUGCUCGACGAUCUACAUUGGAUACCCAGAGAGCAUUCCCAGCGGCACGGCUAUACCAGAGUGGGCUUAUCAGAAUGUUAUUACGAGUGAUGAUUUCAAUGUCACCCUUGCCCGAGUAGUCGGGGACAGCCCCGAAUCGACAGCCACCGAAGCAGCAACCACUACUUCCACCAUCUCCACCUCUACAAGCCUAGCUGCUUCUCUCACUUCAGCACCAAGCACCUCCGCGUCGUUAAUCUCACUCCAAAGUACUCCGAAAUCCAGCAAUUCAGGCGCAAUUGUGGGAGGCGCAGUUGGUGGUGCAGUCGGACUUGCAGUCAUCGCCGCUCUAGCAAGAUGGUUCUUCUUCCAUCGCCGUCAACAAGUAACGCCAUCCAAUGCUACGGGCGACGGAACAGCACCCGGAGUGGCCAGCAGCACAUGCCCACUCACUUCCACUGUCACUCAACCGUUGCUCUAUGACCCGUCUAAUCCUAACACGUUCCCUACCUCCCCGACUAUGCAAGCGUUCUAUUCCAAUGGCCAUCAACAUCCAUCAUUUCCGUCAAGCUUAAAUACCUCUCAAUGCCAGCAUCCUGGCGGCUAUACUGGUGCUCCAGAACUUUAAGUCGGCUGUCUAUUUUUUAGUACUUAACUCCCUGCUGUCCUGUUUCACUUCGAAUCUCUCGGUCUCAGGUGCUCCCAAUGCUAAGCAGCUGUGAAAGGUAGUUCCGCGGGUGGUUUCUCACAGGAUAUUAGUUAUUUAUGUAGAUAGCGCGUGGCGCAGUUGUCUAAUGGCAUGUGAACAGCACCAAGCAUACUCAAUUGUCUACGUGUACAUAGAAGUCGGAAAAUGCAUAGUUAGGACUCUGGAACCGAGAAG